AUGCGGGUCCUAACCCGUCCCCCAACACCUACACCCGUACCCGGACCCAUACCCACUUCCUCUCCAGAUCCCCAACCAUCAUCCCAGUCGCAUCCUCGCUCCCUAGAAGGCGUAGUAGUGGUUGGGUUCCUUUCUCGGAGCCCCGACCCCUCCCCCCACCUCAUCAAUCGGGUCCUUGACUCCAACGUAUUCGGCUCGGGUCAUCUCGAUAAAACAUUGUUUGUUGAUAAAGAGGAAGUUAAGGAUUGGUUUAAGAAGAGGAAAAUCAGUUAUUACCACGAAGAAGAAAAAGGGUUCUUGUUCUUGCAGUUUAGCUCGACGCGUUGCCCCAUUAUUGGUGGGUUUUCGAAUUCGGGUUCGGGUUUGGAAGAGCUGGAGUUUGAGGAACUUCAGGGUUUACUCUUCAUGUUCUCUGUUUGCCAUGUGAUCCUGUAUAUACAGGAGGGUUCACGUUUUGACACUCAUGUUUUGCAAAAGUUUAGGGUGUUACAAGCAUCUAAACAUGCACUAACUCCAUACAUGAGAUCAAGAAAUAUCCCGCCACUGUCAUCGAGGCCUCAUUCUUCGUUGUCUUCAUCUAGACUGGCUGCUUCGACUGGUUCGUCUCCGGGCAGAGGUGGUAGCUUCAUGAAUCGCAAUUCUUCGGCUGUUUCUAUUAUGUCUGGUUUAGGUUCCUAUGCAUCAUUGUUUCCUGGAUAUUGUACUCCAGUGAUGCUCUUUGUAUUUGUUGAUGAUUUCUUGGAUGUACCGAAUUCUGGUUCUAAUGUGGAGGAGUCAACUGAUAGUUCCUCACUUAAUCAGUCUUCUGGUUUGAGUAGUGUGGGUAAGUCAAAUGUGCCUGCAAAAGGUUCUGGUUCAGUUGUUGUGCUAUCACGCCCUGUAAGUAAAUCAGAAGGUGGUUUCAGGAAGAAACUGCAGUCAUCUCUCGAAGCACAGAUUCGUUUUCUGAUAAAGAAAUGCCGUACGCUAUCAGGCUCUGAAAGUGGUCAUACUGGUUCAAGAAGUGGUGCUGUUUCAAGUUCUGCACCUUUGUUUUCACUUGAUGCAUCAAGAUCUGUUGUGCUGCUUGACAGGUCUGCUAAUCUGAGAGGUGAAUCUUUGGAUUUUGCUACUGACCUUGUGGAAGAUGUUUUGAAUGGAAAAGCAACCUCAGAUUCUCUUUUGCUUGAAAGUAAUAGUCAGAAUGCAAACAAAGAGGACAUUUUAUCCAUAAAGGAAUUCAUUUACAGGCAGUCUGAUAUUCUGAGAGGAAAAGGGGGAUUGGUUAGUGGCACAAACAGUGGCUCUGCAGCUGGUGUUGGCAUGGUCGCCGUUGCUGCAGCUGCAGCUGCAGCUUCAGCUUCAGCUGGGUCUGGAAAGACAUUGACUACUCCUGAACUUCCAAGUUUGGAAAUAUGGUUAUCAUCCAGUCAACAAAUUCUAAAUGGAGUUCUUUCCGCAAAAUGCGGAUGUAUUGACGAAACUGAAGUUGGCAAAAGGAAACCUCGUCAACGAAACACUGUUUCAGCUCAAGUUGAAUGUGCUUCAAAAGUUAUGGAUCCUCUGGACAUUGCAGUAUCUUUGCUGGAAAAUAGCAGAGGACUUAACACAAAAUUUUCAACUUCAUGGUGUGAAAAGGCUCUUCCAACUGCCAGGGAUGAGUAUUUGAAGGGUUUGCCUGCUUGUUAUCCCACCGCACAGCAUAAGGACCAUUUAGAAAAAGCUUUACGUGCUUUCCUGUCAAUGGUCAGGGGACCUGCAGUUCAGCUGUUUGCUAAAAAGCUGGAGGAUGAAUGCACGUCCAUCUGGAAAUCUGGGAGGCAACUAUGUGAUGCUGUUAGUUUGACAGGGAAACCAUGCAUGCACCAGAGACACAAUGUUGAUAAUGGUGAGCCACUUACUGGAGCUGCAGUCAAGCCACAUUCAAGUGGACAUUUUUUCCUUCAUGCCUGUGCCUGUGGUCGUUCACGUCAACUCCUAUCUGACCCUUUUGAUUUUGAAUCAGCAAAUGUAUCUUCUAAUUGUUUCACAGACUGUGACAAACUCCUUCCUGCCAUCCAAUUACCUGAGGGCAACAAUACAGGACCGAUUCAAUCAUCUUCAUGGAGUUUGAUUCGUGUUGCGGGUGCCAGGUACUAUGAACCUUCUAAGGGCCUGCUGCAGAGCGGGUUCUCUUCUACACAUAGAUUUCUUUCAAAAUGGACAAUAUUUCUGGAGAAACCGACAAACUUAAAUGGUCUACCAGCUACAAAUGUGCAGCAAGGUUCUGUAAUUAGGUCAAGUACACAUCCCCAGGUUGAAUUUAAUGGUGAUGUAGAUAGAAAGAAAAAUGUGUUUUACUCCGGAGAUAUGGAGACGGUGGUGGGAAAUCAAAGAAAACUGUCAGUAAAUGACAAAUUAGAUGACAAAAAGAUCAGUUUUGGUAGAAAUAUUCCGAAUUUUACAAUGAGAAAGCCUUUUUCUGAGGUAGUAGCUGGAUCAUCAGCUGUGGAUUCAGGAUUCCCUCCCCUACAGCAGAAGAAGCAGCACUCAUCAAUUUCUGAGAAAGGUUCCAAGAAAAACUGGGCGAGAGAUAGGAUUGUAGAACAGGUUCAUUCUAAAGUUGAUCAAGGAUCUCACAAAUCUGAAGAUGUUUCAUCGGUUCAAGAAACUUUAAAUGGAAUGGCUUCUAAUGUUGGCCUAGAUGGUGAUCCUUUUCUACGAAUAGGAAGUAAUGUAGUCCCUAUGAAUGUUAAUAGCGGUGAAGUGGUGAAAUCUUCUAAGCAUGCAAUAGUUUAUGUUGGCUUUGAGCAUGAAUGUCCCCAUGGACACCGUUUCUUAUUAAGUUUAGAUCAUCUCAAUGAACUAGGGUCUUCAUAUUCUAUGACUGAAGAGACCUAUGAACCUUCUGUGGAAACUUCAGACUAUAGUCCGGCUGAUCCUUCAAACUUGGGUAGAAAUGGUGUCACUGGUAAAGGUCAUCGAAGUUCAAGGGAUAUGGCUGCUGCUAAUGCAAAUAAGCUGAGAAAUACAGACAAGUCAAAGGCGAUGGGGGUAAAUAGCAAUCUAUCUAUUAAUGGGCUGAUAAAGUUCUCUGGGUCAGGGAAGGAGCAGAAACAGACAUCUUUCAAUGAUCCAACACACCCCAAUUUUAUGCAAUGUCUUGAUGCGAACUUCCUUUCUAUUAGCCUUGAUGAUGGUGGAAGUGCUUUCUCCAUGCUGAAUCGAAAUUUACCAAUAUAUAUGAAUUGCCCAUACUGCCAGCUAUCCAAGAACAAGAAGGAUCCACCAAAGGUCAAGUUUGCUGGCACAGUAUCACAGUUGCAGAGGAUUUUUAUGGUAACGCCUCCAUUUCCCAUUGUGCUGGCCACAUGUCCAGUUAUCCAAUUUGAGGCAUCGUGCCUUCCCACAUCAGUUUCGGACCGUGAGCAAAAGUUGCAGUUCAGCCUCGGAUGUCAAGUGGUCCUACCACCAGAGAGUUUCCUUACUCUUAGACUCCCAUUUGUGUAUGGUGUGCAACUAGCGGAUGGAAAUCCAGUUCCUUUUAAUGCUUUUGAAAGUCAACCAGAAACGACAGCCUGGAUUAUGAAGGGCACAACUCUGCAAGUUGUUUCCAAGGCAAGUAAACUCAGUGAGGGACACCAGAUUGCCCUUGUGCAGAAAGGGGAUGCAAAUGGAAAUCCUGAGCCCAUAGACUGGAACAAACUUGCUUAG